CAUUCGCCUGCUGAACGGUGGAACCACCUCAACAUAACGGGGAGAGAGAGAGAGAGAGUGUUGAACAAAACAUUUACUUUUUUUUUCUUUCUUUUCUUCCCAGGUUUUUGCUGUUGGAAUAAACUCUGGAUUUUUGUUUGGAAUGAAACGUGGCGGAUUUUGGAUGAACAGGUAAUUGGUGCCAUGCCAGCUGCUUCUCCCCCUCUGCUCCACCUUGCCACCUGGUGGUGGUGUCUGGUACUGUUGCUGCCCCCACAGCCCCAGGCCCUGACCCAGCCACAGCCGGACCCUAACCCAGAGAAGGCCUCUCCCGCUGGGCAGGCCUUCCCUCACCUGUCCCUGGAUGGAUCCCCCCUCAGCCACCUCCUCCUGGACCCCAGGUCUGGUCAGCUGUACGUGGGGGCGGUCAACCAUCUCUACCACCUGUCCCCUGACCUCCAGGUGCUCUCCUCCAGUCAGACUGGACCCAAACUGGAUAGUUCUGAGUGCUUACCCCCCAUCCUGCCCAAGGACUGCACUACCGCACAAGUGACCCCCAACACUAACAAGAUCCUUCUGCUGGAGGAGGGUCUGGCCUUGGCAGGGUCAGAGGUCGGGGCGAGGAGGCUGAUCGUGUGUGGAACCCUGUUCCAGGGUAUCUGUGACAAGAGGAGUCUGGGUAACGUGUCCGAGGUGCUGUACCAGACCACCAAUCCGGUGGACACGCAGUACGUAGCCGCCAACGACCCCCGCGUCUCCACCGUGGGUGUGGUCUUGAACCAAAAGGGGGUUGGGCUUAUGCUGGUGGGGCGUGGCUACACCAGUAAAGGCCCCAGCGACAUCCCACCAAUCACAACUCGCCGUCUGGCCCCCAGCUCCUCCCCCGCCCGCCAGGCCUUCUCCCAAGACGAGGAAUUAGGGAAGCUGGUCGUCGGGAGCUACUCAGAGUACAACAACUACUUCAUCUACGCGCAUCAUCAUGGAGAUCAUGUUUACUUCCUGUUCUCGCGGAGGGAUAUGUGGCACCGGAAGGAGUACCGGACCUAUGUUUCACGUCUCUGCGCCGGGGACCGGAGCUUCUACUCCUACGUGGAGGUUCCGUUAGAAUGUUCCGGGGGGUAUAACCUCGCCCAGGGGGCUACCCUCGCCAAACACCAGGGGCGACCGGCGCUGUUCGUUGCCAUGGCGGCGGGGCAGGCGUCGACACCCACGGCGACGGGUCGCUCGGCGCUGUGUGUUUAUGGGAUGUCAGAGAUGGAUGCGGCGCUGCAGAGGGCCCAGGAGCUGUGUUAUACAGAGGGAGGGACAGGAAGUACAGGACAGCAGGAGGCGUACAUAGAGUAUGAGGUGUCCUCCAAAUGUCUACGCCUGCCCAAGGAUUCGUUAAAGGAUUACCCGUGUGGAGGGGAACACACCCCCAGCCCCAUCGCCUCUGCUGUUCCACUGUCUGCCACCCCCUCUCUGACCAGAGACACUCAGCUCACCGCUGUCACCACCGCUACAGAGGCCGGCCACACCAUCGCUCUGCUCGGUGACAAGAACGGUUGGCUGCACAAGGUAUUUCUCCAGCCAGACACAACAGGGACGUUGUAUCGGAGUGUGAUAGUGGACGAGGACAGUCCAGUCAACGCUGACCUACUACUGGACCAGUCUGGACAGAAUGUCUACGUCCUCACUGACAGCAAGGUGUCCAAAGUGUCUGUGUCUCAGUGUGAACAGCAGCCUGACUGCCAGUCCUGUCUGUCUGUCAGAGACCCUUACUGUGGAUGGUGUGUCCUUGAGGGAAGAUGUACUCGUCGAAUGGAGUGUAGUCGUGAGGGCCAGGCCAACCACUGGCUAUGGAGCUACCAGCCUGCCAACCAGCCUGCCAACCAGCCUGCCUCCCAGUGUGUGACUGUCCAGAGCUUGGAGCCUGCCAUCCAAAGCAGAGAGGAGGAGACUCAGGUUUCUCUUGUAGUGGCCCAGCUGCCCACCCUGUCAGAGGAGGAGUCUCUGUCCUGCUCCUUCGGAACCCUCCCCCCUCAACCAGCUGUCGUCACGGGAACCACCAUAACCUGUCAAUCACCUCUGCCUGAGCUCCUCCCACCCAGCCCACCAGGAAGUGACCACAUGUCUCUGCGUGUGUCUGUGAUGUUCGGAGACGUGACCAUCUCUAGCAGUGACAUCAUCUUCUAUGACUGUCGAGCUGUGGGACGACUCAACACCACCUCCCCGUGUAUGGCGUGUGUGGGCAGUGUGUGGCCAUGUCACUGGUGUGCUCUGGAUGAGCUGUGUUCCCACAACAACAGCUGCCCCAAGCAGCACACCAUACACAACUCAGUGGAGCAGCGAUUGGAGCCGCGGGGUCCCGACUCUUGUCCCUUUGUGUGGGCUCUACAGAGUUCUCCUCUGGUCCCCGUGGGCUUCCUGUUUCCUGUUUUGGUACUGCUGGGCAGGAACCUGGACGUGUUUCAGGGGGAGGAGCAGUAUGCGUGUGUGGUGGUCAUUGUGGGGGAGGAGCUUAAACUGAACGCCACUCUGAAGAAAGACCCGGAAACCAAGACCUACACCUUCACCUGCUCUGCCCACCAGUUCCAGUACCCUUUGAAUCAAUUGGAGUACUCUGCUCCCAUCUAUCUACAAAGAGGUUCCCAUCGCAUCGACUCUGCUCCCAACCUCAGAUUGCAGCUGUAUGACUGUUCGGUGGGACAGUCCGACUGUAGCCAGUGCAGAGCGGUGUCUUCACGGUACGGCUGUGUCUGGUGUGGUGGGGAGUCACCCGGCUGUGUCUACAACCUCUCCUGUACCAGCUCACCUGGGCCGGCUGACACCUGUCCCUCGCCUCAGAUCACACAGAUCCAGCCAUUGAGUGGUCCGGUGGAGGGAGGAGUUCUGGUCACCAUCCAUGGGUCCAACCUGGGGAUGCACUACCAAGACAUCCAGGGAGGAGUGACCGUAGCUGGGGUCAGCUGCCUGCCUCAGCCCCAUGGAUACCUCAUCUCAACCAGGAUAGUGUGUGAGCUCCAGCCCAGUAAACAGGAGACAGAGGGACCAGUCGUUGUUACCGUGGGAGACUCAGAACCAGGACAGUCACUGCAGACAUUCACCUACCAGGACCCCCAGUUGACUGGUAUAGUCCCUGAUAAGGGCCCUCUAUCAGGAGGGAGCACCCUGACCGUCCAGGGGACUCGGCUGCUAACGGGACAGAGGAAGGACCUGACUGCAUACGUAGGACAACAACCCUGCUACAUUGUUGAGGAGGUGAAUGGGACUCACCUGGUAUGCAGGACCAGCCCCAGUAACCAGACAGCAGAGCUGACAGUGCGGGUGUUGUUUGGGAAGGCAGAGAGGAGGGUACCUGGGCAGGUGUUUCGCUACAUGGAGGACCCCGUCAUCACCAAGGCCUUUCCUGCUGAGAGCUUCUACGAGGGUGGACGCGGUAUAAAGGUGAGUGGGCGUAGCCUGUACGUGGUGCAGCAGCCAAUGAUAACUGUGUGGGUGGAGCCUAAAGAGAACAUGUUGGUGAGGAGGAGAUAUGCCAGACUGUGGGCCCAAAACGACCAAAUGGCCUUCAACAGCACCAUGUCAAAGGAGCAGGAGCAUUGUACGGUGGUCUCUUCCACUGAGAUGACCUGUUUGACCCCACGUGUGACCCCUGACUCUAAGGUCAUGGGGGUGUGGUUUGAGCUGGACAACGUUAAGGUGGCGUUUGAGAGCGUCACGGGGAAGGCGUUCUCUUACUACCCCAACCCAGAGCUGUACGCUCUGAACAGAGACGACCCGGACACACCCUACCACUUCAAACCUGGAGGGGUCAUCGCUGUGGAGGGUAAGGACCUGACGCGUGCGAUGACCCGAAGGGAGGUGGUGGCCAGGUUGGGAGACCAGGAGUGUGAGGUCAAAACUCUGGACAGUACUCACCUGUACUGUGACCCUCCUGAGAAACAGCCAGCCAGUCUGGGGAACAACGAACUGCCCAGCCUUAGGGUGGUAAUGGGGAAGUUAAAUGUAGUCCUGGGUACAGUCCAGUAUGAUACAGAAGGCCUCUCACCUGUCCCUCUGGCUGCCCAGGUGGGACUGGCAGCAGGGGCUGCUGUGGUGGUCCUGGUGGUCCUGGUCAUCAUCCUCAUGUACAGGAGGAAGAGCAAGCAGGCUCUGAGAGACUACAAGAAGGUUCUAGUUCAGCUGGAGACUCUGGAGAUCAAUGUGGGAGACCAGUGCAGGAAGGAGUUCACAGAUCUGAUGACAGAGAUGAUGGAUCUUAGUAGUGAUGUGGGUGGACCAGGUAUUCCCCUCCUGGACUAUAAGACGUAUGCAGAGCGCGUGUUCUUCCCUGGCCAGAGGGGGGCGCCACUGAGUCGGAACCUGGACCUGCCAGAGUCCCGCAGGCAGACAGUAGAACAAGGCCUGGGACAGCUCAACAACCUCCUCAACAACAGACUGUUCCUUAUCAGGUUCAUCCGCACUCUGGAGGUCCAGCAGAACUUCUCCCAGCGGGACCGUGGCUACGUGGCGUCUCUCCUGACCAUGGCUCUGCACGACAAGCUGGAGUACUUCACUGAUGUCAUGAAGACCUUACUGGGAGACCUGGUGCAGCAAUACGUCACCAAGAACCCCAAACUCAUGCUGCGCAGGACGGAGACGGUGGUGGAAAAGAUGCUGACCAACUGGAUGUCCAUCUGUCUCUACUCCUUCCUCAAGGAGGUGGCUGGGGAGCCCCUGUAUAUGCUGUACAGAGCCAUCAAGUACCAGGUGGAUAAGGGACCAGUAGACGCUGUGACGGGGAAAGCCAAGCGCACCCUGAACGACAGCCAUCUACUGAGAGAGGACAUCGACUACUGCUCUAUCACUCUGAUGGUGAAGAGUGGUGUGGAGAUGCAGCUGUGUCCAGUCAAGGUGUUGGACACAGACACCAUCACACAGGUCAAAGACAAGAUCCUAGACCAGAUCUAUAAAGGAGUUCCCUUCUCACAGAGACCUGCUGCAGACUCACUAGACCUGGAAUGGCGAUCUGGGCAGGCGGGUCACCUGACUCUGUCAGACGAUGACGUCACAGCAGUCUUCCAGGGCCGCUGGAAGAAACUCAACACUUUGCAACACUACAAGGUGCCGGACGGCGCUACAGUGGCCCUGAUCCCUGGAUCAGCUGUUGUCAUGGGGAUACACCAGGUCUACCAGACUGGAGAGAAGAUGUCCAUGUUGGAGGGGGAGGGGGAGGAGGGUGUGAGGCUGUGGCACCUGGUGAAGUCCAGCGAGGACCCAGAGAUCCCCAAACACAGGAAGAGCAGCAUGAGGGAGAGAGAGAGGGCCAAGGCCAUACCAGAGAUCUACCUGACACGACUAUUAUCUAUGAAGGAUGUUGUCUCUCUCCGCUCAAGGGGAACGCUGCAGAAGUUUGUAGACGAUGUGUUCGUAGCGAUCCUCAACACCAAGCGCCCUCCUCCCAUCGCUGUGCGCUUCUUCUUUGACUUCCUGGAUGACAUGGCAGAAAAACACGGUAUCGACGACCCCGAGACCGUGCACAUCUGGAAGACCAACAGCCUGCCUCUGAGGUUCUGGGUGAACAUCCUGAAGAACCCUCAGUUUGUGUUUGACGUCCAGGUGACCGAUAGCGUGGACGCUGUUCUCUCUGUCAUCGCUCAGACAUUCAUCGACUCCUGCACCACCUCCGAACACAAAGUCGGACGGGACUCUCCAGUGAACAAGCUGCUGUACGCCAGAGAGAUCCCCAGAUACAAGCAGCUGGUUGAGAGGUUUUAUAGUGACAUCCACAGUGCAGCGUCUGGCAGUUACCAAGAAAUGAACUCUACUCUAACAGAGUUGUCUGGGAGUUUUGCCUCAGAGAUGAACAGUCUGGUGGCUCUGCACGAGCUGUACAAGUACAUCAACAAGUACUAUGACCAGAUCAUCCGGUCUCUGGAGGAGGAUGCAGCGGGCCAGAAGAUGCAGCUGGCCUACCGUCUACAGCAGGUCGCCGCCCUGGUGGAGAACAAGGUCACUGACCUCUAACUAGGGAUGGAACGUCAAGAUUCUGGGCCCUGUCAGUCAAAACCCGUACAGCGCUGUGAAGCGGAGCGCCUCUGAGGUCUGACGUCAUGUAUAGCAUGUUACUGUACAGCCACUUCGUUCCAAUUUAGGCGUUUAUCAGUGCCCAAUUUCUACCAUUUUUAACCCGUAUACGGGGAGAAGUGUAAAGGGUUAAUAUAAUAAAAGUUAUACCAAAUGACCAGUUAGGCCAAAUAAUAGAUCAGAUGGUCUCAGUAUAACUCCCUGAUCAAAUAAAGGUUAAAUCAAUAAAACAGGCAGCAGACAAAGAAUGCCUAGCAAUAAGUUUCACAGGGAUCUACCAGGGAAUAUAAAGGAGAAACGUAAAAGACGAGAAGGCUGGAAUAGUUCUAACCUGCAACACCAGGUCUCACCAGCAGAGGGGGCUGUGGUGGAGUUGAGCAGAUUUUUGUCAAUUUAAAAACCAGCUGCGUUUAGCAGGUUGUUACAUUGAACAGACACUGUAUAGAAACUAAUUUAUUCUCUGUAAAUAGUGCUUAUUUAUAAUCAAUACCCUAUCCAAUAGGUGCCUUAUUUAAACUUUUGAAACGACUUAACGCGUAUAAUUUGAAGUCAAACACGUUUGCCAAAUGAACUGUGGCGAACCUGUUUUGAAUUUGUACUGUGGAUUUGUAAAGGAAACAGGCAAAAGCUGGAGGUUCUCUUCUGAUGAUCUGAGGUGAUUGUUUUAUCUCACCUGUACCGGGGUCUAUAACUGACAGAACCUGUACCGGGGUCUAUAACUGACAGAACCUGUACCGGGGUCUAUAACUGACAGAACCUGUACCGGGGUCUAUAACUGACAGAACCUGUACCGGGGUCUAUAACUGACAGAACCUGUACCGGGGUCUAUAACUGACAGAACCUGUACCGGGGUCUAUAACUGACAGAACCUGUACCGGGGUCUAUAACUGACAGAACCUGUACCGGGGUCUAUAACUGACAGAACCUGUACCGGGGUCUAUAACUGACAGAACCUGUACCGGGGUCUAUAACUGACAGAACCUG